AUGGCCGAAGAGCCAGAGCCCAAGAAGAAGGUGCCAGACGUGGUCUGGCGCUGGCGCAAGACACUGGCCAACUGCCUGGGUGGCCUCAAGCCGCCUUAUGGAGAACAAGACUGGGAUGAGCUCCCACGAACGACCCGGCCGACAAGCAGUUGGCCACUGCCAGACUACAAAUCGGCGCAAGAGUGCGAUAAGUUCGUGACGCAAGAGCUGCUGUAUUUGAGUCCGGAUCUGGCAUGGGUGAUGCUUCAACUCCAGAUAGAUAUGCCGGCGUGGGCCGUUCCUUGGCUGCAAGAGCUGAAAAAGUUGUAUUGCAAUUCAAGCGAGAAUGCGUUCGCCAAGGAGCUCACGCACAAGUUGCUCCGAGACUUAGCGUGA